AUGUUUUCAUCGAUAUCGGUUUCUCUUUAAGAUUUAAGGGGUUAGAGAAUAAUUUCUACUAAUGGCAUAUCAAAUUAUCGAAAUUUUUAAAGAAUGCCGAUUACUAAAACAAAUUAUAAAAGAUAAUACUUAUAAGGAGCAUCAAAUAGGGUUAAAUCAUUAAAAGAGGAAUCUAAUUUCAUAUAAUUAUGUAGUGAUAGAAAAGAUAACGAGAAACAAUUUAAGUUUAAUAAACAAAGUUAACUACUAAAUUAUAGGAAUUUUCAUUUGCAUAAAUAAUACCCACUCACUUAAAGGGAAUAAUAAAAUGAAAUUGAUAGUUCAAAUAAAAUUAAUAGUGGAAAAUAGAUGUUUAAAAACUCAUCAUUGAAAUUGAUAACUGAUUCUAAUAAUCAAUUAAUUGAAUUAGUAUGUUCAUCUGAACCAGUUAUAUAAAAAAAUAAAAAAACUAAUUCUAUUUCUAAUGUUCAAAAAGUAGAAGAAAGAAUAAAUAAUAAUAAUAAUAAUAAUAAUAAUAAUAAUAAUAAUAAUAAUAAUAAUAAUAAUAAUAAUAAUAAUAAUAAUAAUAAUAAUAAUACUAAGAGAAUAUCAUCUGCAAAUAAUCAUCUUUAAUUAAUAAUUUCGUCAACAAAUAAUAAAGAGGAUUUAUUAAUUAAAAGUACCCAAUCUACUCAAAAUUAUAUAUCAAAAGUUUUAAUUAAAGAAAAUAAACUAGAUAGAAGUUUGAAGACUAAAAUACCAACUUCUUUUGUUGGAACAAAGAAAUUUUUAAAGUAAUUUAUUUGA